GUUAUCUGUGGACAGGCUUCGCGGUGGUCGGCUUCAAUUAUCGUUUUACUGGGACACUUUUUUUAAUCGCUCACUUUCCUUUAAAAAACAAAAAACAAAAAAACGUUUUCACGGUUUCACGUGUUUCGAACUGCUGCUGCCGCAAUUACCGGAAAAAAAAUAGCAGCAACGGUCCAGGAUGAACUUUUCCUUAUCCCGGUUAACAUUUUCGCUUUCUUUGAUUGGAGAAUCCCGGGCGUGUGGAACUACAUUUUUCCAUUUUUAGUGGGUUCACUGCGAGUGGAACAGUGGGUGAAAGUGUUAGGUGAAGACUUUGAACAUCAUAAAGCGUGGUGGUGAUUCUCACGAGGAGACCUGAAACCUCGAAUACUGACGGGAGAAAUAUUCAAGAACAGGUGUGAGCAACCGAGCCGCAGCUGAUGGAUAAUCUGAAGUUUGCGCUCUUCUUAAUCAUCCUCACCACUGUUUCCAGUAACAAUGACCUGGACUGGAACUUUUGCGGCACAUGGCGCCAUGGCAACAACCCCCUGAGCCUGAACCUCAACAUCUCUACUGGCUGUAAAGGAAUCUCCAUUUCAGCCAAUGAGAGCUUUCUGUCCAUCAACGGGCAGAUCACAGCCCAGUGUAGGAGGUCUGAAGUGAUUACCUUCAAGCACCUUGGACUUGAGUCAGGGGGGGACAUCAAUUUCUGUCUGGACUGGGAGCCACUGUUGGACCAGUUAAUGCUGACAGUAGGAGAGAAGAAGCUUAUUCUGUGCUCACCUGCAAGCCUGCAGGAUUCCUGCUGCACUGACCUGAGUGAUGGCCCAAACACACAAGACGCAGACUACGGCAUCCUCAAUACCGAGAUUAAUCAUGAUUUCAUCACCGACAAAACACGGAUGGCGUACAACUUUCUAGCAAAUUUCACCAACUACAAAGAAUUAUGUGAACAGGCGAAACAGGAAUCUGGCUCCAACAAGUGUGCUGAGCCUCCAUCUGCUCACAAAUCUGAUGUGGAGAUAGAGGAAGAUUUCAAAGGCCAAAUCGUCACAUCACCUAAAAGAAAAACAAGGGCAUGUGUUUCUUGGGACACCAGAAAAGAUUCUCUGCAGGUGAACUGGUCGAAGGAUGGAUGUAAGACAGAGCAGAGUGGGGAAAACCACACUGUGUGUCAGUGUAACCAUCUGACGUACUUCACUGUGCUGGUGGACCUGAAUCGUCAACCAGUGCCCCACCUGCUGGAGCUUACUGUCAUUACAUAUCUGGGAUGUGCCGUAUCUCUGAUCAGCUGUGUUGCUCUUAUAAUAUAUCUCUUCAGGAAAAGGAGGCGAUCAAAGGAGCAGUCCUUGCCCAUCCAUGUGGGCUUAGCUGUGUCCCUCGCCUUCCUCAGCCUGAACUUUUUCUUCAAUGGAGUCCUGGCUAACGUGGGAGGGGAAAGCGUGUGCCCUUGGGUAGGAGCAGUACUUCACUACGCCCUCCUCUGCUCCUUCGCCUGGAUGGGCAUCGAAGUGUUGCACACUUUCUGGUUGGUCUACAUGGUCUUCACCCCCCGCCUGAAGCCCUACAUAUGGAACCUAGUUGGUUUUGCUCUUCCUGCUGUUCCCGUUGUCAUCCUGGCUCCAAUAGGUGAUAUUUAUGGGCCCAUAGAGGUGCCACCAAGCGAAGACCCUGAGAAUCCAUAUAAGAUGUGUUGGAUGGAUAUAACUGAGAAUAAGGGCUGGCUAGCUUUCUGUUUCACCAACGUGAUGAUUCUGGCCCUCCUGGUGUCAUCUGGCCUUGUGAUGCUGUUCCUGGUCUACAGGCAGAUCCGCACCAGGGAUGAAUGGAAACAGAACCGAGUGGCGUUUCUUAGCAUCUGGGGCCUCAGCUGCUUAUAUGGGACCACUUGGGGUCUGGCCUUCCUUGAGUUUGAGCCCAUUUCUACCUUUAUUCUCUUCAUCACCUGUAUCCUCAACUCAUUUCAAGGUUUCUUCCUGAUGCUGCGAUUCUGCAUGCUGGACUGGAUGCAGAAGCAGGCUGGUGGCUCUGGUCUUGGCAGCAGCAGCACCGGAUCUACCAGGCAGCACAUGCUCCAGGCCCAGGAGAGGAGUUAAAUGAACAAAGAUGCAGAAGCCGGACUUUGAAUGUAAAAAUAAUGCCAGUAUACCACCAGUGAUGGAGGAGCUGGAGGCUGACCAGGACGUUUCUCCUGGAGGAUUGUUCUGAUGAAAUGUGUCUGUCAGGUGUGGUAACUGCAGGAGAAUAGGAGCUACAGCUUAAAAAAAAGUCCAGCAGGUUCUCCAUAUAUCCUACGUUUCUUAACUCUGUAACUCGGUAGUUACGAGCACAAGUUAGCUGUACGGGCAAACACAAAUAUGACCUGCUGUGUAACUGUAAAAGUAAAGAUGGGUCAGUAUUCCUUCCCAAACAUAAUCCAGCUGCUGUAACUUCUCAAAUUUUGAGUGUACAAACCUUUUUUAUUCACUCUAAAUUAUUUAUUCUUGAGCUUGUGUUCUAUUUAGUAAUUAUUACAACAGGAGAAAAAAGAAACAUUUUACAAAAUAUAUUUGCUGUUUAUUUAUAGCUCUAUAUGUCACACAUUCUGAGUUAUAAUUAAUUUUGGUGGCAAUUAGCUAAAUAUAAUAUAUCAAUAAUUAACUCAAGUUGCAUUAAAAAAAGGCUUUAAUCACUUGAUUCUUCUAAUUUAGGCCAGUGGCAAAAACAUGACAGUAUCACUCAGGAACUCCUUAAUCAGGCCUAAAGCCUGCGUUUGCAGAAAAGCUAGACUGGCUCUAGUUAUACAGGAGACGGAUGUCAAAGUUCAAAGUAACUAAAUUAGAAAUUGUAAGUUGGAAAUAAUUAUGAAUUAUUCCCAACACGGAAAUUGCGAGCAGGAAUAGAUGCAGGUUACUGUUCUAUUGUAUAUAUAUAAAGAAAGAAAGCUAUAUAAUACUAUUGACGAUGUUUUGAACUUUAGAUAAGCUUUUUAUUUUAUAUUUUGUAUCAUGUAUGCUUUUUUAUAGCUGCUUCCUAAGUUGUUUAAAGUAGCACUUUAGAUUUUCGGUCAUUUAAACAUGUACUUGUUGAGCCUCAGUGAGUUUUCUUUUGUACUGUUUUGAUGUGCAGAUUCCAUAUUGCAUUUGUCCACACUGUAAAUUAAUAACUGAAUAUUUUAUAAAUGAAUCCAGAGUGACUGUUUUUCUUUUUUUUUCAAACCUGAUUAUCAGACCUUUGUCUUUAAAAUGGGCCAAAAUGCAUUUAUUUGGUUGGAUGUGUUCCAGUAUUAAAUAGAAAUGUAAAAUUGUCAUGUAUUUCAUUGGCGUUAUGUUUCAGUCAUGUCCAGCAGAACUCACAUAUGUAAGCUUUUAGAUACUGUGAUGUUUGCACUUUUUUCAAAAUGUUAAAAUUAAAAUAUAUGUCACUGAAUUUAAUGUGUAUAUUCUGGUUUUCUGGAUAUAUGUUGA